AUGGAAGGUCUAACCGCUUUAGUGAGAAAAUUGGUGGAUUUGGGUGAUUUUAAACCUUUCAAGUAUGGUGAAGAGGAGGUAGUGGAUAUUUUACAAUUCGUGGAUGACACCAUCAUUCUUGGAGAACCGUCAAGCGACAAUCUAUGGAGUUUGAACGUGUUGUUACGAGGGUUCGAGUUUGUUUCGGGAUUGAGAAUCAAUUUUACAAAAAGCAAUGUCUUCGGUGUAAACGUCGGGGAGUGGUUCUUGAAUUCGGCCACUUAUUUUCUUGGGUGUCAAAGAGGCUUAGUCCCGUUCUCUUUUUUAGGUAUCGUUGUGGGUGCAAAUCCUAGAAGGAGGAAAUUUUGGUUGAAAGUCAUUAACAAUAUCAAGAGUAGAAUUUCUUCGUGGAAGGGGAGAAUCAUUUACAUAGGUGGUAGAGUGACGCUCAUCAACGCGGUUCUUAAUGCAAUUCCUUUGCUUUUGCUCUCUUUCUUUAAAGCGUAG